AUGCAUGCAAGAAAAUCAACUGGGGGAUCUGUUCCUGAAACCUUUUCUGUUCAAGGUAGAGAGGGUUCUGCUUAUGUUCACAAUGCGAUCGCAGGUAUUGUCACAAGAAUCUUGAAUGAAGGGCACAAGGUUGAUGGGAUAUCUGUUCCUCUAGCCCAGAUGUCUGCCUCUGAGAACAGCAAAGAUGAUCAAGAUGGUCAAGAUGAUGCUAGCAAAGAUCAGGGUGAUGUUGAGACAUCGGUUGAUAACACUGAUGAGAAGAACCCAGGUGCCAAAGAAGUUGAGACAUCUGAAGUUAUUAAUGUUGAAACAUCUGGUACUAAAGAUGCUGAAGUUCUUGAGCCUGAGAAAGCUGAAGAGGUUCAUGUUGCUGCUUCUAAAGAAACCCCUAAUGAAGGUCCUACUGUGCAUGAUGUUGUGAAUCUGGAUGAUCUGGAUGAUUCUAUUGACAUUGCUGAUGAUGAACUCAUCUCUAGCAUCUCUCAUAGAGUCAAGACUCGUAAGGGCAAACAGGCUUGUGAUCAAGAUUUCUCCAAACCUCAGGUUACUCCUCAAAAGAAGGUCACUAUAAAGAAGGUCAAGAAGGUCCUUGCUGAACCUUCAACCACAGGGAGCAAGGCUACUGUGAAGAAGAGGAAGGAAAGAAGUGUUUCUGUCCCAGAAGAUGAUGUCUUAAGUGAUGAAUUUAUUGUGAAUUUGUCUCAAGAUUGUGGUGAUGGAACAACUGAUGAUUUUCAUAAGGUGUAUGUUAGAAGAAAGUGUAUAGAUUUUUCCCCUGCUGUUAUCAACCUAUAUCUAGGUAGAGAUGCUGAGGCUCAACCUGAGCUUGAAGUGACUGAUAAUGAGGUUUGCAAGGUUAUCACUGGUGGUAAGGUUAAGAAGUGGCCCAUAAAGAGCAAACUGUCUGCUAGUUCUCUUAAUGUCAGGUAUGCAUUGCUGCACAAAAUUGGUGCUGCUAACUGGGUGCCUACCAAUCACACUUCCACCAUUGCUGUUGGCCUAGGAAGAUUCAUAUAUGCUGUGGGAACCGAGACAAAAUUUGACUAUGGGACCUACAUAUUUGAUCAAACUAUGAGGCAUGUUGGUACCUCUGCUACCAAGCUUCCCAUUGCUUUCCCAUCUCUGAUAUGUGGAAUAAUCCUCAAGCAACACCCUGGAAUUCUGAAAAGUAAAGAUUUUGUAUGUAAGAGGGAGAGUGCUUUGUCUUUUCACUACAAGCUGCUGCAGAGGUCUGAUGACAAGACAUCUGCUGGGACAUCACAACCCAGCAAAUCUGUGAACAAAGCUCUUCUUAUUGCUGAGCUAAAAGAGACUUGUCAAGAGUUGGACAACAGGAAGCUGAAACUUGAAAAUCUCAUCCACAGUCUUGAGCAGUCUACAGAUGAUGAUCUUGCUGGUGAAAAGGGUGGUGACAAUAUGGAUGAAGACAAAGAGGCUGAGGAAGAAGCUGAGGAAGAGGCUGAGGGUGCUGAGAGUGGGAGUAGUGAUGCUGCUGAAUGGACUAGUAGCUCAAGUGAUGACAAUCCUGGUGGCUCUAGUGAUGAAGACAGUGAUGGGUCUGAUCAUUAG